AUGGAUCUUCCAGACUCGGUGAUAGUGGUGGUACUUGUGAGAUUGCCUAUUAUGGACAUUGCGAGACUCAAAUUGGUGUGUAAAGGAUGGAAAUCUCUAUUGGAGUCUUCCUAUAUCCGUGAUCUCUACGAAAACAUAAACCAAAGGAAGUUUUCAUCUCCGUGGUCGAUCCUCUACAGAGACCUAUCUUCAAACACUGCUUUGGAAUUCUUCUGCGAGGAAUGGGGUUUUCGGGAGUCACUAGGUUCUUGCGUCUCACGUUUUCUGGACGAGAUAAAGGCAGCUAACAAAAAUACUCGAGUGCAUAUCUUGGCUAUCACGGACGGGUUGAUUUUGACAGAACUCGGACCUGAGACCUUUCGUGUGGCUGAUCCUGUGUUGAGAGAAUGGAUCAAAAUCCCUCAUCCUCCUCCAUAUUCUUCUCGUCAGGAUGAGUUCCAAGGCGCCGCAAUUGUAACAAACAUAAACAACGUGGGUUACAAGGUGGUCCGGUAUGGAGUCCCUGUCUUAGGGGUGAGAGUAAUGGAAAGAGAUAGGCUUUGCUUUCAGAUCUAUUCGUCUGAUUCGAAAAGCUGGACCUACCGCCACGUCCCAACCCAACGUCCCAUCUCCAGCAUCCUCCCAUCCAAUCCCAUUAAUAAAAAUGGUUAUCUUCAUUGGCUAUGCCGUGCAAGUCAAGUAAUCUUUGCUUAUGAUUUUUAUGGUCCUAGUGAGCUUUGUGUUGUCAUAGAUUUACCUCAGCGCUCAGCUAAGGGGACUCAGAAGCCCCUAUGGCAUGGUGACGAAGCCACUCUCACUAUCUCAUGUGGUUCGGUCAUGUAUAUGAACACUGAUACCGGGAAACCAACCCAGCAGCUUAAAAUUUGGAGACUCAAGAAGUAUACGAGUGGCUCAUCCUCCAAGGAAUCUUGGGAGUUUCUGUGGAACCUAAGGCCUGGCCUUGAACUCUGCCUCGGAUGUGUUCCAGUGGCAAUGCAUCCUUUUGAUAAAGAGAUCGUUUACCUCGUCACCUGCCAAACUAAUUUUUUCCAAACACAUGCACGUCUUGUUAUAGGUAAUCUCCGCACAAAAAAGUUCCAACUCCAAAAAGACUGGAAGCACAAGACCAUGGAAUUUGCAGACUAUGAACCUUGUUUCUUUCAUCAGUUCGUGCUUCCACAACGACUUGGCUCCAUUCCUUGUCCACCUUAA